AUGAAGCUUAUCGAGUUAGCACUUAUCGUACUGGUAGCACUGGGUGGUCCUUGCCGUUCCAUGGAUUCGGGAUGUGGCGAUGAAAUGUCACAGGCGAAAAAGAUGCAAGUUGAUUUCUCGUUAAAACUGUUAAGUUUUUCGCCGCAAAAUGAAUCGUCGUUGCUAUCAUCAACCGCUAUCUUUUCCGUAUUUGCUUUUCUGUAUGAUAGAGUUGAACCUAAAAUCCGAAAUCAGAUGGAAGCAUUCAUUGCCGGAGUUGAGGAGUCACGUUUAGAUCAAGGCACAUCGACAUCUAACAGUUUUAGGGGCUCUGCCCUAUGUAUUUUGUUAAGUAAUCAGAUAUGUUAUAAUAAGAGAGGUCGGCAACUAUCAGCAAUUAUUUAUCAACAGAAAAUUUUCUCAGUCACAAAUCUUUUCAGAAGGGCAAUGAGAAAUUCAUGUAUUAUGUUAAAAAUAACUCAAAUUAAAAGUGAAGGUGAUGAAUUUGUAAAGGAAGCUGCUGGUUGGUUAAAAAAUGAGCCUAAACAUGAAAUCAAAAAUAGCAUUUACAUUAAUUUUGGUUUCUCGUUAUUUUUUAUGAGUAAAUUGCAUUAUCAAUCGAACUGGAUAUAUCAUUUCACGUCGUUCGAGGAUGAUUUCCAUCCUACACCAUCUACAGCAAUUCGUAUGACAAUGAUUGAAUCGGUAGCAAAAUUCCGGUAUUGUCAGGAUAAGGUUGCUCAAGUGGUUUCAUUGCCAUUACAAAAUGAAAUGAAUAUGGUAAUUUUUCUACCUCUAGAGACGGGACUAGCAGAAUUUGAGGAACAGCUUAGCGGAGAGAAAUUGCUUGCUUACAUUGACAGUCUUAAGCAAAUCGGAGACAUUGUGGUUACGAUUCCAGAAUUUGAAAUCCAAAAAUAUUUUCUUUUAUCAAAGCCAAUGGCACACAUGGGAAUGAAAUCAUUGUUUAGCCCAUCGAUUAAUUUAUCUUCUAUUACCAGACAGGAUUUAUCGAUUACAAAAUUACCAAAAAUGGAAUCACAAACAAAGGUUCAACCGCUUCUGUACCGAUGA